CAUAAAAUUCAUUUGACAAAAAAUUAAGGACGUUUAUCGACGGAAAUCCAGACCUCCAGAAAAAAUAAUUAAUAUUUAAAUAAUUAAAAUAAUAUUUUUAAUUCUACUUUCUGGAGAAAGAAAUAUCAAUUUUCAAGAAAAAGGUUUAAAAACGACAAAAAUUAUUUGUUUAUACAAUUUGCAUAAGAUAAAAAUUUUCUGUCACAUCGCUUCUACAGAAUUUUUUAAAAAUGAUUCAAUUUCAAUGAAAUAUGGCUUAUUUUCUUUAGAAAGUGACUCUCUACAAUUUCACAGUAGGGAUUUUCAAACAAGGAAGCCGUUUGGAAAAUAUGCACGGAAAAAAAUUUUCUGGUAAUUCUUUAACAUCGAUUUGGAGAUUUUACAUGUUCCUAAAUCUGUUAAUUCUACAGAUAUUUUCUGUAAGGAUUUAACGCAUGCGCGAAAACAAUGCAGUGAUUCGACUAAGACUGACUACGAUUGAGUGCUAGAGGUUAAGGCGAAUUUAGUGUUUUUAUUAUUAUCAUAGUGUCGGCAAGAAAGUGUAUUUAUAUAUAUUUUGUUUAAAUUAUAAUACAUAUAUUGAUUAAUAGUUUUUCAAUAUGGACAUAUUUGUUCAAAGUCAUUUAAAAGAAUGGAAUAAUUUAGUAAAACAAAAUAGUGAUCAAAGAACAGACUCAGAAUCAAGACGAUCAUUAAGGAUUUGCAGAAUCAUGUAAACGAAAUCUUUAAUCGUGGAACGAUCACUCGAAGACAUUACCGCGAUCCAACCACUUGACAAAUCAUUCACAUUACAAACAUGUGGGAAAUAUCUUUCACAAAUAUGUUUGCAAGCUGGACAAUUCACUAAAAUAUGGUACAGACUCUCAUCCUCAAAUUUACAAAAAGAACAUGAUUCGUUCGAACGAAAAACAUAAUUUCUUUUUCCCAAAAAAACUCUGCAAACGUGUACAUUUAAAAGCCGAACCUGAGCAAAAACUCUCUUUAAAAAUAGGUUUAAAGAUAGAAAAAUUGUGAAAAAAAUUAUUUCCUUAUCGCAACAAUUUUUUGUGUGCUAGAAAUAAUUUUUUUGAUUAAUAUUCACUGUAACAAAAAAUUAAUUGACUAAUUAAUUUAAUGAUUAGUCAAUAAAAAUGGUCAUUGGAGACGAUUAAAUCAUUUGGAUGUACCAAACUUCCCAGUCUUGACCGCAGAAUAUUUAAAAGAUCUGACAGUACGUAUAUACUAAGUACAAUUAGCACCAUCAUACAUUGAGGAUAAAUUAGAAAGAAAUAAUGAGGAACAGUUCCAGUCACCCUAGUGCAUUACAAUAGAAAAAAGAUGGUAUAAAAGGUGACCGUCCUACUGCGAUGGCGCUGCUAUCUUUAGGAAGAGUACAUACAAAAGGCCUAAACUUGUGAAAGGUGCUUUGCCUACACUAAAUCUUGGACGUCCUGAGAAACCAAUAAAAAGUCGGAAAAGACCGAGAGAAAGAUUUAAUGUGAGUGACGAUUCGACACCUACAAUUAAAACAUUCCCUACCGAAAGAGUGGUACUGGAAUGGUACUGAAUUGGACUUGGCUUGAGUUCCACUUCAGUACCACUACCUGAUAACCCAUAAGAAGACAUUUUUAAAGUACUUUAACAAUAGUUUUAAAGCUAACUGCAAUGACUGAUACUUCAGUAGCCACUGAUAGUGUCAGUGACCCGAAAGUUAAUGUAGAAACGAAUAGCCCUCCAACUGGCUCUAAGUCAGGUGAAGAAAAUCCCGGUGCAGUGACUGAUACUGACACUGAUGAUACCAGUAAUUCGAAUGAUAUUCUCGAAACAAAUAGCUCUCAAAUUAGCUCUAAGUCAGAUGAAGAGAAUUCAACUACCAAGACUAAUACUGGCACUAAUGAUUCUAAUGCCUUGAAAGAAAAUACCGGAAGUCAAGGCCCUCCAAGUACCUCUAAUUUGGGUGAAGAUACUGUAAAAAAAAUUAAAAAUGGAUCAGGUCGCAGUGGAGGAGAUGGUAAAUUAGCUAGAGCAGCAGCAUUUAAAGUUACUAAAGAAGCAGAAAAGUUAAAAAAGAAAGAAGAACAGGAAAAGAAGAAAAAGAAGGAGGAAACUAGUAAGAGAGAAACGAAUAAGAGAGAAAAAUCACGAGAUAGAGAAAGAUCGAGAGACAGGAAUGCAAGAAGAGAUAGAAAAAGGUCGAGAAGCAAAAGCUCUAAAUCAAAACAAGAACAGGACCAAGCACGAUAUAAACCUAAAUAUUGGGAAAAUGGGAAAAAUAGUGGAGGAUAUCGAGGAAGCAGAGCAAAUGGAGGAAAUAGAAAUGAUAAAGAACAAAAAAAAAUCAUUAUAGUUAAUAAGGGAGGAAACAUAUUUUGUUAA